AUGUCUGAAGAAACAACGAAUUAUCUUUGGGCAAUAAAAGAUAUACUGGGAAGUGGUGCUACAUCUCAAGUAUACAAGGCUUAUAAUAAAAAAACAGGAGAAUUAGUUGCUGCGAAAGUCUAUUCAGGGUCAUCUGUACAGCAUGCACAACAUGGUGGAAAGCAAAAUUGUCUUCAAGAAAAAGAUUUCCGUCGAAUAUUAGAUCAUGAAAUGGACAUACUUAAAGCUACUAAUCAUGAAAAUAUCGUUCGAUAUAUUGCAGUAGAGCCAGUUAAACAAUCAAAUUCACCAUCCUCAGUGGGUAAUCGUGAAGCCUUAUUUAUUGAAUAUUGUAAUGGUGGAAGUUUACGUAAUGUUCUUGAAUCACCUGAAAAUCGUUAUGGUCUUAUGGACGAUGAAUUCAUGUUAGUUUUUAAACAUCUUACCAAUGCACUUAAAUAUUUACAUGAUACACAUACCAUUCAUCGUGAUAUAAAGCCAGAUAAUAUAGUACUUUCGAUUAAUAAUAAUGGUGAACGUACCUAUAAAUUAACUGAUUUAGGUGGUGCUCGUCUUAUAAAUAAAGAUGAAACUGCAUUCACUUCAUUGGUUGGAACGCCAGGAUAUAUUCAUCCUGUUUUAAAUCAAGCUGCUUUACCUGAUAAAGACGUGAAUAUUUUACCAAUACCAUUACAAACGCGCGUUAAUUUUCCAUUUGAAGUCGAUUUAUGGUCAGUUGGUGUUACACUUUUUCAAUGUGCAACUGGCGAACUUCCAUUUCAACCAUUCGCUGGUAUACGUAAAGAUCAAGUAGUUAUGACACGUAUUUUAAAUUCAAAACCAAUUGGUGCUAUUUCUGGUAUUGAAAAAGUACCAGGUGGAGAAAUUCAAUGGUCAAAAACAUUACCAGAUUCAUGUCGUUUAUCAUCAAGUCUUAAAAAUCGACUAGAAAUGUUAUUACAACGCUUACUUGAAUCACAACUAAAUAAAUUAAUGAGAUUUGAAGACUUUUUUAAUGAAACUGAUGAUCUUCUUAAUUUAAUGCCAAUUUAUUAUUUAAAUUUAAAACAUUUUAAAUUAUCUUGUGAUUAUUUUGAGCCAACACAAUCGAUUAUGAAAUUACAUGAUGAAUUAAUUAAACGAAAUGUGGAGGAAAAUCAUGUUGAAUAUUAUUGUUUAUUUCAAAAUGUACCAUAUCCAAUAUCAAAAGCUAAACCAAUGUCAAUCAAAGCAUUUUGUGAACAAUUACCAAUUCCAACAUCACGUGAAACUCCACUUGUUUUUUAUACAUUUUCGCCAUUGAAAGAUGGUGAUUUAUAUUCACCACGACUUCAUGUACCUGAUAUAAAACCAAUUCGACAAUAUAAUGAUGUUGUUGCUACAUUUGAUUGGGCUAAAGAUAUUGUUGGAUUAUUUUUUUAUCUUAAAAGUCAAUUAGUUGAAUAUCAACAUAUAUUACAAAUAGCACAAUGUUCAACUACAAUAAUGCAACAACAAUUAAAAUCAAAAUUAUUAGAAUAUCUUUGUUCAAUUCGUUCAAAACUUAUUCUUUUUCGUUCUAUUGAAGAAUUAAAAAAUGUUCUUGAUCAAAUAGAUAUUAGUAUAAGUGGGCAAACAACACCAACAAAUAGCUCAUCAUUGAGUUUAAAUAAUGGUAAUCAAUCUUUAGGAAGAACACACCGUAAUGGAGAAGCAUCAUCUAUUGAUUUUUCACAUUUAUUAACUAAUGUAUCAUCAAAUGAUAGUGAUAUCGCAUUAGGAACAACAAAUCAUCCACAAUCUGCAUCUUCAAUGCAACUUCUUACACAACGUACUCUUACUUAUCUUCGUUUAUAUUCUCAACUAUAUGAUCAAUUAAAAGAAUGUGAAGAAAAUAUUUUAAAAAUGAUUGAGAAAGAAUUUGGUGGUAAAUUAACUGUGAUUGAAGAUCAACAACCAUUUGUUAAUACACUUUCGUUAUUACAUCGUACUACAACAUAUUCAUCAUGGAUUCAUCGUACAGAUAAACAUCUUAAAGAUUUAAAUGAUCUUUAUGAAAGCUUUCGUCAGGAUCGUUUAUUAGAUUCUUAUAACCAUUUGCAAACUAAUUCACAUUUGCUUCGUCGAAAAAAAGUUCAAGAGCUUCAUCAGAAAUAUAUAACUUUUGUUACUGAUGAAUGUUAUCCACAUCUUGUUCAAAUUUUUCAUGAUUACAAAGAAUGGAUAAAAAAACAUUCAGAUAUGAUUGAUGAAUUUGAACGUAUUCGACGAAUAUCAGAACAACAAUGUGAUAAUGUAAUGAAUUAUGUUGAAAUGAUUGAUAAUCUUCGUCAAGGUGUUUAUAAAAAUAUUCGUGAAUUAGAUAAUGCAUCAACAAUUCAAUCAACAAAUGAACAAAUUCGAAUGUCAUUAUUUGUACCUGUUAGUCAUGAACAAUUUCAACUAACACAAACAAUAGGAAAUAAUCAACAACAACAAUUCAAUUCUGGAGAAGAAAAUCCAGAACAUUCUAGUAAAACACUUAUGAAUACUAUUCGUGGAAUAACAAAAAAAACUAUUCAGCAUGCUGAAGAAAAUCUUAAUAAAUUAGAUAGUGUUAUUCAACACCUACGUACAGAUAUACAAAAAAAUAAUAAUAAAAACCAAAAAUGA